AUGAGCACGCAGGGUUCCGACCAUGACCGGUCGGCACUCAUUCUUUAUGGCACAGAAACUGGCAAUGCGCAGGAGGUGGCUGAGGAAUUGGGCGCGUUGACAGAAAGGCUGCGUUUCGCGACGCAUGUCUCCGAGUUGAACCAGUCAAAGCCCGAGGCCCUUCUCUCGUAUACACUGACCAUCUUUGUGGUUUCGACAACCGGACAAGGUGACCUGCCAGCCAAUGCACGGACGUUCUGGAAAUCGCUAUUGCUCAAGAAGCUCCCGCCAACAUACUUGAAAGGGGUCAAUUUUGCGACAUUUGGCUUGGGAGAUAGCUCGUAUCCAAAGUUCAAUUGGGCAGCUCGGAAGCUCUACAAGCGGUUGCUGCAAUUGGGAGCAAAUGACAUAUACCCAACUGGUGAGGCAGACCAGCAACAUCCUGAAGGGCUGGAAGGCACCUUUAUACCAUGGAUGACCGACUUCCGAAAGCACCUGAUGGACAGACAUCCCCUUCCCUCCGGUCAACAUCCUAUUCCAGAUGAUGUCCAGCUACCCCCGAAAUGGAUCUUACAACCAAAAAGUAAUGCGGUGCCCGUUGCAGCUACUCGGCCACAAGCCCCAGAAAGUGAUGUCGCGCAAACAGACGAAUAUCCUGGCUUGACGCAUCUGGACUAUGAUCUUCGUCCGCUUCCCGACACGAUAACUGCAACUCUGACAGAGAACAGGCGUGUCACUCCACAGAAGCAUUGGCAGGACGUCCGCCGAAUCUCCAUCACCGUGCCAGAAUCCGUUCCAUAUGUACCUGGUGACAUGAUCGCCAUUACCCCGAAAACCUCGCCAAAAGAUGUUCAAGCAUUCAUCGAUAUCAUGGGCUGGAAUGAACAAGCAGAUAAACCAAUUGCUCUUGUCCCCACAGGGAAUAUUCUUGCACCAUCACCUAUUCCUGGACUGGAAUCUUAUCCCAACCUGACCUUGCGUUCUCUCCUCAUUGAUUAUCUUGAUGUGAAGGCAAUUCCUCGUCGAUCGUUCUUUUCCAAUAUCGCUCAUUACACCCACGAUACCAUGCAUAAAGAGCGACUGUUUGAGUUCACGAAUCCCGAAUACCUCGAUGAACUAUGGGACUAUACGUCUCGGCCACGACGUAGUAUCCUCGAGGUACUGCACGAGUUCGACUCGGUGAAGAUUCCCUGGCAGCAUGCGGCUUCUGUCCUUCCUGUUAUUCGUGCACGACAAUUCAGCAUCGCCAGUGGUGGAGAGCGCAAACAGACCGAGGACGGAAAGACACAGUUUGAGCUUCUCAUCGCCAUCGUCAAGUACCAAACCGUUAUUAAAAGGAUCCGUGAGGGUGUUUGCACGAAAUACCUCUCCACGCUCCGACCCGGAAGUACACUUCGGGUGCAACUGCAGCCAGGUGGACUCAAUUCAUCGGUCCAACAACUGACUGCAUCCACGAUUCUCAUCGGACCGGGCACUGGAAUUGCACCUCUCCGCGCAAUGCUAUGGGAAAAGGCAGCGUUAGUCCAAGCAUUCCGGGAACAGAAUCCAGGCGUCGAGCCCCCAAUCGGUCCCACCGUCCUACUUUAUGGAGGUCGCAACCGCACCGCAGAUUUCUUCUUCGAAGAAGAGUGGGAGCAUCUCAGUAGAGUCAUACCGUUACAAGUGCUCACUGCGUUCUCACGCGACCAGCAACAAAAGAUCUACGUGCAGGAUACGAUUCAUCAAAACUUCACACUGUUCUUCCGUCUUCUACACGACAUGCAGGGCUCUGUGUAUAUCUGUGGUUCUUCCGGGCGUAUGCCACAAGCUGUGCGGGAGGCACUCAUUGAGGCAUUUGCGCAGGGAGGAGCGCCGAUGACCGGGCAGCCAUAUACCCGGGCGCAGGCUGAGGAGUAUCUGAUUGGCAUGGAGAAGAGUGGGCGGUAUAAGCAGGAGACCUGGUAG